AUGGCCAUGGCCUCUACCACUUCGUGCUCAUCGAGAUCGAUGUCUCAUACAUUCAGCCCAGCGCUUUCGAUUGAGCCAUCAUCCGAUUCAUUCCCAGACUCAGACUUCCAAAUAUCGCCUUUUCCACAUUCCAGCGAGAGUCUGGAUGUCCUUGCCGACAAGCCUCCACCAACCCUGAGACGCGUCGGAUCUGACCGCAGAAAAAAUUGGCUUCUUUUCGAGCCAGCCCAAGAGGAUGACUUCCUAAGUUGGUGGCUCGACACUGAAUAUGGUCGACAAAUGAACAGACACGGACGUGCCCGGAUCAGAUGGUCGGUUGAGUCCCAUUCCGCUGAAGUCUGGAAGCAGUUCGACCAAGUGGCGGAGAUACAUUCAGGACGACCAAAAGUUAUCUGCCGUAACUGCAUGACGUUGCUAGAUCACCCGCAACACAAAUCACACGGGACAAGCGCAAUGGGCAAACAUCAGAGAUCUAGCUCCUGCCGCAAGGGAAAGAAAAAGGUCUCACAGCAAUCUCUUAUCUCGGAUUCCAUCCAGAGGACCCCAGUUUCUAGUUCUAGCCCAAACAAGUUCACGAAAGCGCAACUCGAGGAACAGCUCCUGAAAACUAUAACGUGCUUGCGGCUUCCCUUCCAAAUUGUGGAAGAUAAUGAAUUCCAGAGACUGCUCAACUUGGUCCGCUCUGGGCCCCAAGGAGUGGAACUUCCCUCUGCAAAGACACUCCGUCGGAGACUGCGUGAAGCUGUUGUUACCCAACAAGAAAUGCAACUGAGAGAUCUUCCUGAAGAUGCGAAAGUUUCUCUCGCCUUGGACUGUUGGACCAGCCCAUUCCAGCAAGCAUUCAUGGCUAUCACAGUCUAUUUCAUUGAUAAAGAGUGGAAUUAUAGAGAGUUGCUCCUUGGUUUCGAGCCUCUGCACGGUCCUCAUUCAGGGGUUAAUCUGAGCGACGUCCUGCUUCAGUUACUGCGGGAACGGCAUCUUUUGAGUCGAAUCUUCAGCGUAACCACUGACAAUGCGACAAACAACGAGACUUUGGUCCGAGCGCUGCAAGAGACGCUUCUUUCCACUGGCGCGAUCCGUUCUCGGGACUCUAUUAUCCGGGUUCCAUGCAUGGCGCAUGUCAUCCAGCUUUGUCUAAAGCGGCUUCUGGGGCAUAUCAAAGCAGCGCCUCAGAAUAAAGAAGUGGCAAAUGUAUGGUCAGACUCACAGAUGAGUUAUCUCAGAAGUUCGGCUGAUCAUGAGGGCGUGGCUAGCACACUCGGAAAGAUCAGGUCGUUUGCUACCUUUGUUAAUGCAAGUCCCCAACGGCGGGAUGCGUUCCUGUGUCUUCAGUCAGGUCGGACUCGACUAUUUCCAAUCCACGAUGUGCAAACACGCUGGAACUCGACGUUCUUGAUGCUCCGGCGGGCGCGCAAGUUGCGAAACUGUAUUGAUAAAUACUGCAAUGACCAUGACUACUCGCAAUUCAGCAUCACUGAUGAUGGAUGGCGACAGAUUGAUUACCUCCUGCAAUUGACCAAGCCAUUCUUUCAGUUCACCAUGGCCCUCAUGAAGACAAAAGAUGUCACGAUCCACAGUGUGUUUCUCGUCUACAGAAAGCUGCUGGAACACAUCGAACGGUCAAAUCAACGCUUAAGCAACAAGACAACGCCAUGGAAGCGGGCCAUGUAUGAUGCAUUGCUUGCUGCGAAGCAAAAGUUAAAAGAAUAUUAUGAAAAGACCUAUCGCGAUCAUGGGUUUCUUUAUGGUACAGGAACCUUGCUCGCACCGCAGUACAAACUCUGCGCCUUUGAUGACACGGAAUAUUCUAAAUGCCAGAGCGAAACAUCCAAACGCUACUGUGAUUACUUGAGGAAUUGCUUUGCACAGUACAAACGCGAGACGCCCGAGAUGUCGUUUCGGCCGAUGCAUUCCUCUUGUCCACAGCAGGCGUCAGAGUUGGACCGGCUCCUCACCCCACUGAGUACUUCCCAGCUGAGUGCAAGAAGCGAAUACGACGAAGUAGACCGAUAUUUGAGAGAGGGAACCGUCCAGCUGCCGCCGCGAGCCUAUUGGAAAGAGCACGAACAUGAAUACCCCGUUCUGUCGCGACUUGCUCGCGACUUGCUUUCCGUUCCGGCCACUGGCGCUGGUGUCGAGCGUCUAUUCAACACUGCGCGAGAUAUCUGCCACUAUCGUCGUGGGUCGCUCAAUGAAUCGACCAUUCAAGACCUAAUGAUGUACAAGUGCUCAGAGAUAUUUAACCUGGACAUUGAGACGUUGAGCUGCCUUGAAAAAUCAUCGAUUGAGGACGUCGAUCAAGAGAGGCUCGAGGAGGAGGAAGCCAUCAAAACAAGUGAAGAAGAAUUUGAUCCAAUCAGUGAUGACGAAGAGGGAGCAAUUGAAGACGACGGCCGCGUACUUUCCGCUGGAGAUGUAACAAGCCGAGAAUGUAUGAUGUCAGAUGUUUCUCCCACGCAUGACAUCCACGAACAAGAUGACGAGGAAGAUGACGGGGAGAAGGAGCAGAACGAGGAAGAUGACGGGGAGAAGGAGCAGAACGAGGAGGAGGCUACUGACGAUGAAUUGCUUCCACCCCCAAUUCAGCAGCUCCGCGACAGAUCUCAAAAAAGGUCCUCAGGGAGGGUCACAGUGCCAUCUAGUAGACUACAAGGUUACGAAUUGUAUUAG